AUGGCGACAAAAGUGAACAAGGACGGCAAAAAGCCGCCGUCAGCGGCGACUAACCUCAUUGCUGGCGGUGGUGCGGGUAUGAUGGAGGCAUUGGUGUGCCAUCCUCUGGACACCAUCAAAGUGCGCAUGCAGCUUUCUCGGCGAGGCCGGCAACCGGGCAUGCCCAAGCGCGGUUUCAUCGCCACAGGCGUCGAGAUUGUGCGCAAGGAGACACCCCUGGGCCUGUAUAAGGGCCUCGGCGCCGUGCUCACGGGCAUUGUCCCCAAGAUGGCGAUCCGCUUCACUUCGUUCGAGUGGUAUAAGCAGCUGCUCGCGAGCAAAGAGACGGGCGUGCUCUCGGGCCAGGGCCUCUUUUUCGCCGGCCUCGCCGCGGGCGUCACCGAGGCCGUCGCCGUCGUGACCCCAAUGGAAGUCGUCAAGAUCCGGCUGCAGGCGCAGCACCACAGCAUGGCCGACCCUCUCGACGUGCCCAAGUACCGCAAUGCGGCGCACGCGCUGUACACCAUCGUCAAGGAGGAAGGCGCGGGCGCGCUGUACCGCGGCGUGUCGCUGACGGCGCUGCGCCAGGGUAGCAACCAGGCCGUCAACUUCACCGCCUACACCUACUUCAAGGAGUGGCUCUACCAGUGGCAGCCCGAGCACCGCGGCGGCAACCUGCCCAGCUACCAGACCACGCUCAUCGGCCUCGUCUCGGGCGCCAUGGGUCCGCUCAGCAACGCGCCCAUCGACACCAUCAAGACGCGCCUUCAGAAAAUGAAGGCCGAGGAGGGCACCACCGCGCUGCAGCGGAUUACGAGGAUCACGGGGGAUAUGUUCAAACAAGAAGGCGUCCACGCAUUCUACAAGGGCAUCACGCCCAGGAUAAUGCGCGUCGCGCCCGGCCAGGCCGUCACCUUCACCGUUUACGAGUUCCUCAAGGAGAAGCUCGAGAGAAGCAAGCCCACCAUCCUGACGGGGGGAAGGUACGAGGAAUAA